AUGACAAGCUGCGUUUUUUUGUGUCGUAUUAACUUAAAGAGAGAGAAUACAGCGAGGCUAGCGAGGGAAAGACUGUUUAUAGCUGCUCUAAUACCUAAAUGUGGGCACAGUGAUCUCCACCUGCUCUUUCUAAUCACUGGCACGGCACACACACACACACACACACACACACACACACACACACACACACACACACACGAAAAAAAAAUGGCAGCUGGAAGAAACAAGAUGAAGGAGUAUCUGUCAGUAAAGGACCUGGAGAAAGUUUUGGACUCCUGCACUCUGGAUCUUCACCAAAUAGACGAAGUCUGGCCAAAUCUGUACAUCAGUAACGUGAGAAUCGCUCAGAACAGGACGACGCUGCAGCAGCUCGGCAUCACACACAUCCUGAACGCCGCACACUCCAAACGCGGCAGCAUCGGGGACCAAAACUUCUACGGCACCAGCUUUGUUUACUGCGGGAUCCCGGCGGACGACUCGACUCAUUUCGACCUGGACGUUUACUUCAGAUCUGCUGCGGAUUUUAUACACAAAGGCCUAAAAACUGUGGACGGGAAGGUGCUGGUGCACUGCAUCAUGGGUAUGAGCCGCUCGUCCUCGUUGGUGCUGGCGUACCUGAUGCUGUAUCACCACAUGUCUCUGCGCUCAGCCAUCCAGCGCAUCGUCCAGAAACGCGCCAUCUACCCCAACAGGAACUUCCUGGCUCUGCUGCUCGACCUCGACCUGCAGCUGAAGAGGAAACGCAAAACCUGCAUCCUGCUGUAAACAAAUAAACAACACACUCGAGCUGGUCCACAUGGUAACGGGACACUGAGGAACAUGGAACCGGAGUGUGUGGGAUUGUGGAGCAGUCACAUGGGAAAUCUGGGCCAAUCAAUUAAAAGCAUCAAAUAAUUAA